AUGGCUCUCUCCCCUCAGAUUACCAACCUGAUCAUCAUUUUGGGUAUGAUGCAGGUGUCGAAGCGUGUUCCCUUCGACGACCCUUUCGUACUCAACGUCGUUCGCGCCGUUUACCUCGCCAGCAACGUCAUCAUUGCUGCUCUCUACUUCUACACCCAGCUGAAGAUCAACAAGAAGAAGGACCUCACAACCCUCAAGUAUGUCGAGCCCGCCCCCAUGGGCUCCACUGAGGAGGGCAAGCUUGUCACCACCACCAUCCACGCCUACGACAACCAGCAGAUCCGCACCGCUUUCCGUGGCCAGGCUAUGGGCAUGGCCAUGAUGGCCUUCAUGCACAUCUACAUGAAGUACACCAACCCUCUCCUCAUCCAGAGCAUCAUCCCUCUCAAGAGCGCCUUCGAGAACAACAUGGUCAAGAUCCACGUCCUCGGCCAGCCUGCCGCCGGUGACCUCAAGCGUCCCUUCAAGCAGCCCCAGGGUUUCAUGAGCGCCAUGCAGGGUGGCCCCGCCCAGAGCGACAAGAAGGCCGUUGAGGCUGCUGAGCGCGCUGGCCGUGGUGGUGCCAAGGAGGAGUAA